AUGACGGUCCAGCUCGAUAUCGACAUUAGGUUCAUCGAGGUCGACACACACUUCUUCCUCAACGAUCUCACUGCGGCAACCUUCACGUUUGGUAACUACGGCACGUACAAUUGGGGGCCGGAGGUGUUGGGCUGCUUCCCGUCGAUCUCCGGUAUUAAAGUGUCCGAGCAGCCGCUGACAAAAGAUUCCAUGGACGAGAUCAAGGCGUAUCUGAACGCGCACCCGACGGAGAUCGUAGUGGUGUAUUUGGAAACUGGUGCGGAUAUCCAGCAAUCGGACAAGUUCGACGCCAUCGACACGAUGUUCACCGAUACAUUUGGAGACUUGCUAGUUCCAGUGAUGGCGCUCGACGCCCUGGCCAAGGGCAUGUGGGCAGGCGGUGGCCUCAACGAGUCUAACGGGGGGUUGCAUACAGUCUGUACGACAUGUGCAUGGCCAAGAAGCAGCUGA